AUGAGCCUCGUUUCGGCCCUUUCGGGCAGGAAGUUUCGGGCUGCAACUUCAGAUUUGAGAACGCAAUUCCGUAUGAUCAAGUAUGUGCUGCUCAUCCUUGGGGUCGCAGUAGCCAGAUGUAACACGACGACUGCGUAUUAUCUCGCUGGCUCUGGAAUCACGCAGAAUGAGUUUGCGGUUCAUCUGCCUAUCAUCUUCGCGAAAGAUUCCUCUACCCCAGUCACUUCGAUGUGGCACUUGUACUGGUACAAGUCCUUCGUAGUAUUCGUAGAAAAGCGGGUGUGGACGCCAAGAGAACUAAGCUCCGAGUGUGAUGCACGCGCGGCGGAUUUCUCGUAUGAACGUGAGAGUCUGGGCACGCAGUUCGAAAUGCCGGAAAUUGAUAACAAGACCGCCAGCGUUGACCACAUCGACGACUGA